AUGGCUGUUCAAGCUAAGCAGUAUUCGGAGAAUCUGGAUUUUACUUUGGGCGGUACGCUGGAAUGGAAGAAUUCCAGUGGUGGGUUUUCUGAUUUAUAUCUCAAUCCUCAACAGCAAGAACAGAUGCAACAGUUACAGAAUAUCAAUCUAUUGGGAAAUCACAAUCUGGGUUUUGAAAAUAGUCCCCUGCUUUCUUCUUCUCUGUCCAUGGCGUUUUCCGAGUCUUUAGCUGCUGCUCAGAUUGAUAAGCAGGCAUUGGAGAUUGAUCGAUAUAUUCAAUUACAGAAUGAAAGAAUCAGAUUAGCUCUGCAAGAGCAAAGGAAGCAUCAAAUGGCUAUCUUUCUAAGGAGGAUGGAAUCAAAGGCGGUGAGCUUACUGAGACAGAAGGAUGAAGACAUUGCAAGAGCGGCUAAAAGAACAAUGGAGUUGGAAGAAUGCUUGAGAAAGGCAGAGAUGGAGAACCAAGCAUGGCAGAGAUUCACUAAAGAGAAAGAAGCCAUGGUUAUGGCCCUCAACAACACUAUAGAACAUGUCAAACAGAACGUUUUUCACUUUCCAUCGGCCGGAGCAGAGGAUACAGGGUCUUGUUGCGACAUCUCUCAGGUGCAUCCAAUGAGAAACAUGGCUUGCAAGGCCUGCAAUUCUCGAAGAUCGUGCGUUCUUUUCCUUCCUUGCAGGCAUCUCUGUUCGUGCAAGUCUUGUUCAUCCUUCCUUGAUUCUUGCCCUGUCUGUAAUUCUCCAAAAAGGGGGAGCAUAGUAGUCUUAAUGUCGUAG